UGAAUUUUAACUUUCUCUUCGGAGCCAUAACGCAUCUUACUUACUUAACGUAACUUUCGUAGAUGGUUGUAGACGUUUUGUUUCGUACAAGAUACAAUGGAAGAAAUAAGAAAAUUAAAAGAAAAACAUGUGAAAAUAAAUGUGUCAGUGCUGGAAAAUUUGUUAUCAUCGCAGACAGAAAUUACAGAUGAAUUUAAAAGAAAACAAGAUCAACAAUUAAAUGAAGUUGAUAUUAAAAUUGAGCAAGCAACGUCAAAAUUGGAUCUUUUAAAAAAAACGCUAUGUAGAGAGACUCAAAUUUUGGAGCAAAAAAAUAGUGAAUUAUCAAAACAAAAUGAUUAUUUGAAAGAAUUAGAAACUGAGAAAAAAAAAUUAUUACAAGAGGUUAAACAAUUGGAAAGAGAACAAAACAAAUUGAAAUCUGCAAAACCAUCUGACAAAGAUCAGCAUUUGCUAGAACAAGGAAUGAAAAAUACAAAUUGUAUGAAAAUUUAACUAAAAUACAUUGGGAUUAUGAAACUACAAAAGAUGGUACUGUUGAAGGUUAUGUAACAAACAAAAGUGAUUAUAUCCAUCAUUUUUCUUACAAAGCUCAAGAGAUUGGUGACAAAUUACAUGAUUCUCUAUGGCAUGAAAUAUAUUUAUCUACUAGUAAGGCUGAAACUGAAAACAAAAAUGUCUAACCAAAACACUUUGACUAAUAUUA